GGCAGGGGCGGGGCUUGUGUCUGGGAGGCUGCAGCUGCUCCGACCAGCCAGGGGCCUCGCGAUCCGGGGGCUCCUUGCCCAGCCGAGCUGCCCGGUCUUCGAGGACUGCAGGCAGGCCAGUGCCCUCCAGAACCAUGGGUGUUGCUCAACCCAGCUGGGACUCUGCCAGGCUCCAGAACUCUGUCUAAGCAAAGGGCCUUCUUCCAGCCACCCCCUUCCUGUCUGCCAUGGCCACGCUCAGCUGCUGCCUGCCUGCCUGGGAAUACAGCCCGCCCAGCCCCAGCCCUGAGGGGUUAGGCCAGGCCCCUGGGCUCCAUUUCACAGGGGCGCCUCAGGCACCUGGCCCCUUUCAGACCAAGAGCAACUGAUGCCAUGGGAGGAGCCCCGCCCACCUGUCUGCUCGCCUGGCACUGCCCGCUCUGAGGCCCCUGCUCUGGGUCCCCCUGGAGGUGCCAGCCCUGUGAAUCCCUUCCCUGUCCCCCACGCUGAGAAGGCCCUGCCCACCCCACCAUGUGUGAGGUGAUGCCCACAAUCAAUGAGGGGGACCCUCUGGGGCCCCCACAUGGUGCUGAUGCGGACGCCAACUUUGAGCAGCUGAUGGUGAACAUGCUGGAUGAGCGGGAGAAGCUGCUAGAGUCCCUUCGUGAGAGCCAGGAGACCUUGGCGGCCACGCAGGGCCGGCUCCAGGAUGCCCUGCAUGAGCGGGACCAGCUGCAGCGCCACCUGAACUCGGCCCUCCCCCAGGAAUUUGCCACCUUAACCCGGGAGCUGAGCAUGUGUCGGGAGCAGCUUCUAGAGCGGGAGGAAGAAAUAUCGGAGCUGAAAGCAGAGCGGAACAACACGAGGCUGCUUCUGGAACACCUGGAGUGCCUGGUGUCCCGCCACGAGCGAUCGCUGCGGAUGACGGUGGUGAAGCGCCAGGCCCAGUCGCCCUCAGGGGUCUCCAGUGAGGUGGAGGUGCUGAAGGCCCUCAAGUCGCUGUUUGAGCACCACAAGGCCCUGGACGAGAAGGUGCGAGAGCGGCUCCGGGCGGCCCUGGAGCGAGUCGCCACCCUGGAGGAACAGCUGGCAGGUGCCCACCAGCAGGUGUCUGCCCUGCAGCAGGGAGCAGGGCUUCGGGAUGGAGUGGCGGAAGAGGAGGGGACUGUGGAGCUGGGCCUGAAACGCCUGUGGAAGGAUGACGAGGGCCGGCUGCAGGAGCUGCAGGAGUUGCUGGAGAAGCAGAACUUUGAGCUGAGCCAGGCCCGGGAGCGACUGGUUACUCUGACAGCAGCAGUGGCUGAACUGGAGGAGGACCUGGGCACCGCCCGCCGGGACCUGAUCAAGUCAGAGGAGCUGAGCAGCAGGCAUCAGCGGGACCUGCGGGAGGCUCUGGCCCAGAAGGAAGACAUGGAGGAGCGGAUCACCACACUGGAGAAGCGCUACCUGGCUGCUCAGCGUGAGGCCACGUCCAUCCAUGACCUCAAUGACAAGCUGGAGAACGAGCUGGCCAAUAAGGAGUCCCUGCACCGCCAGUGUGAGGAGAAGGCUCGACACCUGCAGGAGCUGCUGGAGGUGGCAGAGCAGAAGCUGCAGCAGACCCUGCGGAAGGCAGAGACGCUGCCGGAGGUGGAGGCCGAGCUGGCCCAGAGAAUCGCAGCCCUCACCAAGGCUGAGGAAAGGCAUGGCAACAUUGAGGAGCACCUGCGGCAGCUGGAGGGCCAGCUGGAGGAGAAGAACCAGGAGCUGGCCAGGGUGCGCCAGCGGGAGAAGAUGAACGAGGACCACAAUAAGCGGCUGUCAGACACCGUGGACCGGCUGCUCAGCGAGUCCAACGAGCGCCUGCAGCUCCACCUCAAGGAGCGCAUGGCUGCGCUGGAGGAGAAGAACACGCUGAUGCAGGAGCUGGAGAGCUCCCAGCGGCAGAUCGAGGAGCAGCACCACCACAAGGGCCGCCUGUCCGAAGAGAUUGAGAAGCUGCGCCAAGAGGUGGACCAGCUGAAGGGUCGAGGGGGGCCGUUGGUGGAUGGCGUCCACUCCAGGUCGCACACAGGCAGCGCGGUGGACCUGCGGUUCUCCUUGAGCACGGCAGCCCCGGGCCUGCGUCGCCGCUUCUCGCUGCGGGAAGAGUCUGCCAAGGACUGGGAGCGGUCUCCACUGCCUGGUGUGCUGGCCCCCACAGCCGCCCCUGCCUUCGACAGUGACCCUGAGAUCUCUGACGCGGAUGAGGAUGGGCCAGGGGGUCUGGUGGGCUCCGUGGAUGUUGUCUCCCCGGGCAGCCACUCUGAUGCACAGACCCUGGCCAUGAUGCUGCAGGAGCAGCUGGACGCCAUCAAUGAGGAGAUCAGGAUGAUCCAGGAGGAGAAAGAGUCCACGGAGCUCCGCGCGGAGGAGAUCGAGACGCGAGUGACGAGCGGCAGCAUGGAGGCCCUCAAUCUGACCCAGCCGCACCGGCGCGGCCCCAUCCCCACCUCUCUGACUGCCCUGUCCUUGGCCAGUGGGUCCCCUGCGUUCAGUGGCCGCUCCACAGCUAAGUGUGCCUCCCGCAGUGCCGUUCAGGACCUGGACCGAAUGGGGGUCAUGACCCUGCCCAGUGACUUGCGGAAACACCGGAGGAAGCUGCAGUCACCAGUGUCUCGGGAACAGAACCGAGAGGAUAAAGCCACCAUACAAUGUGAGACCUCUCCUCCUUCCUCACCCAGGACGCUGCGGCUCGAGAAGCGCGGCCACCCAGCCCCGAGCCAGGAGGAAGGCCGGAGUGCCGUGGAGGACCAGGGCAGCAACCCCAGCAGCAGCAACAGCAGCCAGGACUCCUUGCACAAGGGCGCCAAGCGCAAAGGCAUCAAGUCGUCCAUCGGCCGCCUGUUCGGGAAAAAGGAGAAGGGCAGGCUGACGCAGCUGAGCCACGAUGGAGCUGCGGGCCACGUUCUGACAGACUCCGAGCUCGGGCUGCAGGAGCCCCUGGUGCCUGCCAAGCUGGGGACCCAGGCAGAGAGGGACCGGCGGCUGAAGAAGAAGCACCAGCUGCUUGAAGACGCCCGCCGAAAGGGACUGCCCUUUGCCCAGUGGGACGGCCCUACCGUGGUCUCCUGGCUAGAGCUCUGGGUGGGGAUGCCAGCCUGGUACGUGGCAGCCUGCCGUGCCAACGUCAAGAGUGGGGCCAUCAUGUCGGCCCUGUCGGACACAGAGAUCCAGCGGGAGAUCGGCAUCAGCAACGCCCUGCACCGGCUGAAGCUGCGGCUGGCCAUCCAGGAGAUGGUGUCGCUGACCAGCCCCUCCGCCCCGCCCACCUCCAGGACUUCCUCCGGGAAUGUCUGGGUCACCCAUGAAGAGAUGGAAACUCUGGCAACAUCCACUAAAACAGACAGUGAGGAGGGCAGCUGGGCUCAGACCCUGGCCUAUGGGGACAUGAGCCACGAGUGGAUCGGGAACGAGUGGCUGCCCAGCCUGGGGCUGCCCCAGUACCGCAGCCACUUCAUGGAGUGCCUGGUGGACGCGCGCAUGCUGGACCACCUCACCAAGAAGGACCUGCGGGUGCACCUGAAGAUGGUCGACAGCUUCCACCGGAGCAGCCUGCAGUACGGCAUCAUGUGUCUCAAGAGGCUCAAUUAUGACCGGAAGGAGCUGGAGAGGAGGCGGGAGGAGAGCCAGCAUGAGAUCAGGGAUGUGCUGGUCUGGACCAAUGAGCAGGUGGUCCACUGGGUCCAGUCCAUUGGGCUCCGGGACUACGCAGGGAACCUGCAGGAGAGCGGCGUGCAUGGCGCCCUGCUGGCCCUGGACGAGAACUUCGACCACAACACGCUGGCCCUGGUCCUGCAGAUCCCCACACAGAACACCCAGGCCCGCCAGGCGAUGGAGAGAGAGUUCAACAACCUCUUGGCCCUGGGCACCGGCCGGAAGCUGGAUGACGGGGAGGACAAGGUGUUCCGCCGCGCGCCCUCCUGGAGGAAGCGCUUCCGGCCGCGGGACCUCUCCGCAGGCGUGCUCGGCGUGUCCCCGCUGGGGUCCCUGCAGCCUCCACCGGCCCCGCCUAAGAAGAUCACGCCUGAAGCCGGGCCGGCCGGGGCGCAGAGACCGGAGACCUCCACGGUGCGGACCUACACCUGCUGACCCUCCCGGUCUGGCCCUGUGCCCGUGGCCCGUGCUCGGGCGCACUCCCACUAUCUCUACGGACACAUGCUCUCUGCCUUCCGGGACUAGCCACGCCCCAGGGCUCCACAGGCGCGGCCGCUGGACCCCUCCUGCUCGACCCCUUCCUCCAGGCUCCCAGGCUCUUCAGUGACUCUCCAGCCGCCCUGGGUCUCCGAAUACACACGUCCACCCCUGGGCCGUCCUCCAGCCCAGGCCCCGCGUGUCCUUUGUCAUCUCUGAUGUGGCUGCGCCUCCUGGAGUCGCGCAGCCCCGGGUGGGCUGUGACUCCACCUCCCUCCUGGUCCUGGCCUGGCCUGGACUCGACUUCCAGGGGAGACCAGGGCACCGACGCGGGCCGGGCGACCUGCCGAGAAAAGGGCACUUCACCCUCUGCGUGUGGGCUAUCUGGCCUCUGGUCCCUGUCCCUGUCCUGGCUCUGCCCAGUGGCCUACCUGCCAUGGCUUCUGCUCCAGGACCCCCUGCGGGGCUGGGCGGCAGCAGGCCUGUCCUGGGUGAGGCUGGGGAGGAGGUCCCAGGCCUGGCCUAAGCUGAAUCCCAAAUGCGAAUUUGAGAAGAACCUGGGAGAAAUGGGCCUCUGAGCUUUGGGCCGGGGGUCCAGGUGUGGAAACAGCCCCCCAUUCGGUGAGGCACAGGCUGGCCAGUGGAGGAGGCCAGGGGCUGUGGUGGCCUCACCGAAAGGGCAGGGGGAUGCCGCCCGUCCCGCGUGGGGUAGAGCUGCUGGGAGGGGGCGGGCGGGAUGGU